CAGUGUACAAUAACUUUCUGUAGAGAUGCUCACUCACUCUUCGUCCAGGGAACUCCGUGCAUGACCAGAGAUCCAGCACAAGAGAUGGUACCAAUGAAGGCGAGGACAGGGACAGGCUUGUAUUCACUUGCUUGCCUUCUCAUGAUCAGUAGUGUCUGUUCUACCUGUGUUCCCUUGAUGUGUCUAAAGUGCAACUUAACCCACUCACCUGGAAUAUCUGCUGAGGGAUUACCAGACAAUGCCAUCUGUGACACCCUGUGCUCAGACACUACCCAAUGCUUCAAUGCUACUGUUCAACAGUACUGCUCAAAAGAUUUUAAAGUGUUACUGAACACCAGUUCUGGGUUCAAAGUGCAGGAGGGUGAUAACCUCGACAUUGAGUGUUCCCAUAACCUGCCGGUGGAACCAAAAAGCCCGCUGGUGUUUGUCUGGCUGAUGGAUGGCAUCCACCUGAAGGGCAAGAACAGUAGCCUGCUCACCGUGAAGAAGGUUGGUAUAGAUACCUCUGGCAAGGAGAAAUAUGCCUGCACCAUCCAGAGUCCCUGUGGCAACUUCACCUCAGAACCAAAGGAGAUUGAAGUUGAAGUCGUGACGAUGUUGGUCAUAGUGAUCUGUGGUGUGUCUGCUGUGGUGCUGAUCCUGGCCAUGGGUAUAGGCAUGAAGAUCAUGCUGAAGAUGGAAUUUGCAAAGACAAAGAACAGGAGGCAGCAGAAUGCUCAGAACCUACGGAGAACUACAACUGAGUAGUGUUUCAUUUUCUGCAAAUUCCACCAAAUGUCCUACAUGAGAAAAUGGCAAAAAAUGUGAUAUGAUUACACUGUAAAUGGAUAAAUAUGUAGCUAACAAUUUUAUUGUUGUAUUUGCAAUUUAAUCAACACAAUUUUAUCUCAAAGUCAGUGUUGUUAACAUGGAAGAGCCACAGAUAUGUUGAUCCUCUGGCAGUGCCACACAGCAAGUUUGGAGAUUUGUCCCAAUAAAUAAUAUGUCAACUUCA